UUUAAAUUGAAUUUUUCCUUUUUUCGGCUAAUGCAUUUGUCGCAAUGACAGCAAAAUUAUUAAAAGUCACGCCCUUGGGACCACUGACCUUCUCCAAAGAGAACAACAAUACGACAAAUAUAUCCGUGAAUAAUAUAUCCAAAGUGCCAGUGUUGUAUAAGCUACAAAGCACCGUUUGGGGCAAGUUCAAAAUGCGUCCCCGCUGGGGCGUGCUGUUGCCCAACGAACAAACCCAAUGCAGCAUUACCCUCAACCAGGGAGCGGAGCUCUCGAAACGCGCCCUCGAUCGUGUCCUCUUGGUCUGCAUGACGGCGCCCAUUAAUUCGGUGGACAUGGACUUUACAUCGGCCUUCUGGCGUCGCAAUAUCUGCUAUGAUCCGAUGGUGGAAAAGCAUUCGUUUAGUUUUGAGCAAUCAAAAGAUUCCAUGAAACGGCAGGAACAGCUGGAGACUGACGCUCGUCCCAGUGCCCCGAUUUACUGGAGGUAAUUUUCGCCCUUUGAGUGAUUGGCCAACACAUUGACAAAGUAAUUGGUGACUAUUGUGUCUCUGCCCUUCAUUAAAAACUAAGAGCGUGCCUAUCUAUCUGUCUGUCUGUCUAACUGCCUGCCACCUGGGGUCUCUCCUUGGGCCCAUGUGUGUCUCUCUCUCUGUUACACAACAGCACAUCAAGUGGGGCUCAAGUGUCCUUUGCAUCAAGUAUCAAGUGGAUGCUGCAGUGACAGUGGCAACAGUUCCAUCAUUGAUUAAUGGCUAAUAAUUAUCCUACACUUUUGUAGUGGCAAAAACCCUUUCAAAACCCAUGCAUAACCCAUUUGUGUGUUGAGCUCUUUCGUGCGCACUGUGGAGUAAAUGGGUUUUCCGAGAAAAACCCCAAAAACGGCAGCUAAAUAAAGACAUUUGGAAAUUU